AUGGCUCCCUAUAAGCAACAAUCCAUCAAGGCCUUCACUAGACCACUCGAACGUGGUGCAAAGCGCGAGCCUUCGCCUGAUGAGAGAGAAAUCACAUCCAGACCAAUCAAACAACCACGGAAAGAUGGACCUACUUCACAUACUGAGCUCGCCGACGCAUUCGUGGUAGACAAGGAAGAUGAGGACGAAGAGCCAGAUAUCGAAGACGAAGAUGCCGCAAAAGUACUGAAGAAUUUCAGAAGUCGGGCCGACAAGGAAACUCCCACUGAGCUCGCAGCCUUGGCGGCCGAAGAGAAGUGUAGACGAAGAAAUCAGUACAAAACCAGGAUAACGCAUAUCGUGCGUACAUUGCAAGAGACGGUAAGUGAUCUGCCCUGGGACAAAUUCAGCCAUCUGCCACAGAACAAAAGACCAGUCACCAUUGCUUGGUGGAGAUUCUUGAGAAGCCUGGCGCUAGACAAGGCCGCCAACCAGAUCAUUGAGGCUGCCCCGGAAACUGCACAGCUGGUGCUGGGAGGACCUCUGACUCGCGAGGAGCUGCUGAUGCUGCCCUCGAAUUGGGAAGGCGUGGUUCUCUGGGGCGUGUACGUCGACAUCCUCACCGGAAAACCAAUUGAAAACGAAGCAGGCAUGGAGCCAUACACCGGGUCGGCCACUGGUAAAGAAGGCCUGCAAGGAAGGAUGUCUGAAUACGUGAAGAUGAAAGCCGGAACCAAGAAGAAUCAAGGUGGCGAGCAUUGUGACUUGCUCACAAAGAAAAACGUCAAGAUCAACCUACGCGUGGUAUCGGUCUUCGGUCCACAUACGACCGCGAAACCAUAUGUGAUGCUUUCCGAGUUGACGCAUACCAUCCUACUAAGGACGUGGGAAGAGAGGGAAGGCAAAUACCUUCCCAUCGUCGCAAUGGAAGCCAUGAAGAGGGCCACGCCACCUGGGCUUCCUCCCAAGAGGUAUAUCGGGCUGAACCGGGCGACGCAAAUGCUUCAGGGCCUGGAAGCCAAGAAAAGAGGUGGUGGUUGUGCGAAUUGCGCGGCAAAGACUAGCGAUAAAGAUCGUUGGUUUAAUGCCUUAAAGGGGCUGCCCUUUAUGACAGUGAUCUGCCGAAACUGUUAUCAAUGGACAUUCAAGUAUGGCACGACAAGACCAACCGAAAAAGAGGAACAGAGAGUCGCAAAGAACGAGAGGCCGAAGCCAGCAGACAUGCUUUGUGAACGGCCUGGAUGCAGCGAGAUUCUCGGUUAUCAGAACGCCACUCACGUUGCAUACCACUUCAACAAAACCCUCGGGCUUUGGACCUGCGUCGGCUGUAAAAACAGCAAGGUGUUGCAGAAGACUCGAGCAUGGAAAAACCACCCACCCAAACCUGCUGAUGACACCUGCGAGCGCCCUAAUUGCCCCAAUCAGCCUGUCAAACAAUUUAACAAGCACCUAAACAUAUGGGUAUGUUCGGGAUGCAAUAACGCCAAAACGCUAUGGCGAAAUUUCGCAAAGGGCAAGAAGUAA